AUGGCAUACUUCUAUAAUAGAUAAUAAGAUUAAACAUUAACCUUGCCUCAUGGUUAUUAAUAAAAUUAAAAGAUUGAAACUCUUCCAAAAUAGACAAAUCAAUAAUACUUUUUAUCUAAGUGGGAAAAUCAAUCUCCAAAAGAAAAUGAUCUAAUCAUAUCCAAAAAUAAUUAAAAUGAUCAUUUAACUCCUUAAAGAAAUAGAAUCUUUGAAAAGAUACCUGAAAUUAAAGUAAGAUAAGAAUUAAACUAAACAAGAAAUAAAUCUACACCAGGUAAAAGGCAUAGAAUUUUUGAAUAAGACAAUAGUGUUGAUUAUACUCAUUAAAGAAUUGAUAAUAAAUAAAUAACAAAGAGCUAAAAGCAUAAUAAUCAUAUAAAAUCCUUACUUUUAUAAGAAAUUGAAAUAAUUAAAUAAAUGUCAUAGCUCUAUUCAGGAUCUUACUCAUAGUUGCUUUAAAAAGUAUUAAUGAAUUAAAUUUUAGUUAAUCCAAAUUUUUGAAAACAAAUCGGAUGAUUAAAAUUUAUAAUUAGAUCCUGAAUUUAAUAAUAUCAUAUUUAAAAUACGCACAUUAUAAGGUCUUGAUAUGAGCGAUAAAAUUUAAAUUGAGAAAAUAAUAAAGUAGAUUGUGAAUCAAGAUGAGAAAUUAUUAUUUUAAGGUUUAGUUAAAGAAUUAAUAUAAAAUGAUUGGAUGUAUUGGAUAGAACCAUUAUAUUAUGAUGUAUAACAAUAAUAAAUACCAAAAGCACAAUGGAAAUCCUUUAUUGAAAAACAAAAAUAAAUAUAUCACGUAUGA